AUGAUUGGCGGACCUUUCCGGUCACACCCACCCAUCAAACCUCUGGUCCAGAUCAUUAACUAUCCUAACACUCUGAAUAAGGAGGAAACCAGGAAAGCCAUCAGCGUGGCCUUCACCAAGUGGAGCGACGUCUCACCUUUGACCUUCAGUGAAGUCACUGAACCCAACGCCACCGCAGACAUCGUCAUCGGCUUCUACACUUUUAACCAUACAGACUGCUGGUGGUCUCCCCUUCACCCAUGUUUUGAUGGACUGAACGGGGAGCUCGCUCACGCCUUCCUGCCCCCCCGCGGCGAAAUCCACUUCGACAACCACGAGUUCUGGAUCCUGGGUAAAUCCAGAUUCAGCUGGAAACAAGGUGUGUGGUUAAAUGACCUGGUUCAGGUCGCGGCUCAUGAGAUCGGUCAUGCUUUGGGUCUGUGGCACUCCAGGAACCCCAAAGCUCUGAUGCACCCAAACGCCACCUACACCGGCCAGAGGAACCUGGCUCAGGAUGACAUCUGGGGCAUCCAGAGACUCUAUGGCUGUCUGGAUAAAAAGAGGGUUUGCGAUUCCUGGGCUCGCCUCGGCUUCUGUGAGAGAAGGAAGAGUUUCAUGAAAAAGAACUGUCCUCAACGCUGCAACCUCUGCUAUGAGCCACUGGAGGCUGAGGCCACGCCCACUCCCCCCCCUGACAAUGUCAAAGUCAAACUGGUUCCUCGAGGGAAGGUCAUCGGCUUCCGCUGUGGAACCAAAAACCUGCGUUCCCCACCCAAAGUCAGUUGGUACAAAGAUGGCGAGCAGCUGCUGACAUCAGUUCCUGGUUACAUCGUCAUGAAGGAGCGAGACCUCCGCAUCAUCGCUAAUGAGUUCAACGAGGGCGUCUACACAUGCCGCAUCCAUCGCCGUGGCAAUGUGGUCUCUGCCAACUCCUGGGCCAUCCGGCUGAAACCCGAACAGUCGUCCAACAGCUGAGAGAAGUUGGGAGGUGUUUGUGUCGGUCCAGACCAAAACUCCCAUCUGUCUGUUCACAGGGAAGAAAACCGGAUUAUGACAUGGUGUUCAGACUGACAGGAAGAGAUGGACAGAAGUGUGAAGAUAGAUGGAUCUCCCCUCGUUCUCUCUCUCUGGAAGGAAACACAUCGCAGGAAGUGCUUCAUGCUAGGCUCAUAGACUCAUCAACCGGAAUGGGAAUCGGCAACCUUCCAGGAAGGUGACAUUCCUUCUGAUCUGCAGGAAACACACCAUCCAAGAGCCAAAAUCUACAUGACAGGAAACCUUCUAACCCCCAUCACAAACCUCUGACGUCUGUCUAUCAGAGUGGAGGAUGGAUGGAUUGAUCCCUUGAGUAUAUAUGCAGCUUCAUAUUCACUAUGUGCUUUCAGACAACAUGAUCGGUGCUAUCAGGGUCUUUAAAAGCAACUUCUGUCAUCUGAUCAGUUCACUCUCUCCUCCUUUCAUAUCUUUGCUGAAGGGGAAUUGAAUCAGCCUCCACUCAAGUCUCUCUCUCUCCUCUGGAUGAUGGCUUUCAAACCACAACGCUGGAGGAGAGAGAUUCUGACUAACCGUGUUACAAACCAAAGUCAGAGCCUUCAUCCCACUUUUACAACAGAAGUGAGAGAGCAAACAGACUCUGCAGCUUCUCAGCCAGUUAGCUUGUUAGCAGUUAGCUUGUUAGCAGUUAGCUUGGCACCUUUAGAAAAGUAUAUCUUAGAUUGUUUUGGUCAAACACCAUUGGGUGCUAACAGAGUUCAAGUAUUACAACUUAUGAUGGAUUUGAUUUAAACAUCAUCUGUGUAUUCGGUUUGGGUUUGAGAUGUACUGAGAGUGCCUGGGGGCUCCAGAGUUGUCACGCAUACUUACAUACAGAAGUCAUGUUUAAUUUCAUACAUUUAUCCUUUUCUGUACGAGUAGAGCCGUCCUCAUAUUUCUUCCUACUAUUCAUUAUACUGUAAGCAUUGAUACGUGAAGUGAGAAACAGAAUGUAAAAAUGUAGGAUUGUCAUUUUUAUAAACAGUGAAAUAGGCGGGAAACAGAUCUUGGCAUGAAAUAUUUCAAACUGAAGCCUUUCUCAUUUUAUGAGAUCUUGUUUCUUUGA